AUGGGCACCUCCAAUAUCACCGUCGGUAAUGCGGCCAACUUGGGAGCCCGGAAUAAUAGGUUUGGGUUUUCUCCUGGGCAACUGGGGCAACUGAAUAAGCUCAAAAACCCCAAAAGCCUGGCUGUGUUUCAUGCGCUUGGAGGGCUUCGCGGGCUGGAGAAGGGUCUCCAGACGGAUAUCCGCUAUGGCCUCAAACACAAUGAAACUUUCUUGGACGGCACUGCUGGGUUUGAUGAAAUCACGACCACAGGUAGCGACAACAAACAGGUUCGGGCUCCCCAGCAGCAAGAAAACGGACUACAUUGUGGAAAGCAACUGGACAGGUCCUUGGACGAUCGGAAGCAGGUUUUUGGCGACAACUCCUUACCGAGAAGAACGGGCAGGCCUCUCUGGGAGCUGAUCUGGCUGGCCCUCAAGGAUUGGGAGAUAGCCAGAUUGGCAAUUAUCGCCGUCGCAUUCCUCGUGAGGGAGUUUUACCAGGGAGAUCUGGAUUGGUUUAACAUAACUACAGCUACGGCAUUUGCAACUAUAGUCAGCCUCUACUACUGGCAAAAGGAAUCUAAGUCGAGAAGGUCGAAGAAUACGAGAAAUUAUCGUGAAAUCAAGGUGAUUAGAUCAGGGAAAUCGAUGUUGAUCUCUGUUUGUGAUAUCCUUGUCGGUGACGUGGUUUGCCUUGAGCCUGGGGAUGUCAUCCCCGUCGACGGCAUCCUCAUCGAGGGAUUUGGUGUCAAGUGUGACGAAUCUUUCCACACGGGGGAGUCGGAUGCAAUCAGAAAGCGUACGAUUGAGGAUUUUCCAGUCCUCGUGGCCCAGACCAUGCUCUCCAAAAUGGAUCCCUUUAUCCUGUCCGGAGCCAAGGUACUGGAGGGCGUGGGCACUUUUCUGGUCACCGCCACCGGCGCCCGCUCAGUAUAUGGACAGAGACUCAUCUCCUUGCUGGACGACCAAGACAGGUGCUCAAUGACAGCGCAAUCUUCUCCUCUUGCGAGUUUCGAGACUGGUCUCGGUCUUGCAGAAGCCAUUAUCCUGUUAUAUCGUGUUGGCAGGCUUGACGAGACUGCUUGGGCACAUGGCCAUGAUGAAAUUGUCGCUUUGCUUAUUACUUUUUCCUUUCUGGCUGCCAAAGAAUGGAUGCUCAGAGGUAUCGGUAUAUAUGGGAUGUAUUCCACAUCCCUCGUGAAACAGCUCAUGACAACGAGUGAAAGACAGUUUCACAUACUUGAAUGGAACACUCCAGCCCCCAAAUAUUUCUCUAGGAGCUCGAUUGGGACACUUCUAUCCAAAUUCUCGAGUCUAAUUCUGUCAAUUCCACUGGUUCCAUUUCAACCCCACUCGCCCGGUAGUGCUACGUUACCUGUGAUAAUCAACGGCCAGAAGGUGCAUGCUAUACCAGACACCGGGGCAGACGAGAAUGUGAUAUCAACCGCGUGUGUAUUACAGCUUGGACUCACUAUUGAGCGAGACCCUGACCCUACCACGUUUAAACUAGCGAAUGGGCGAUGCGUUCUCAGCUGCGGAUUGGUUAGGUCCUCAUUCACCUUUGCUCGCGGAGCGAACAAACUCAAGGCUCCAGCAGUCUUUAAGGUGUUUCCAACUCUUGCCGUGCCCCUCAUCAUGGGACGCAAGUUUCUACGGGACACCAAAACCUUGACCAAGCAUGACGAUCGUUUGCAGAAAAUUUCCAAUUCACGUGCAUUCGGACUUCCUCGCAUUUUCCAUCUCAACCCAGCUAAACAGCGGCUUCGGUGCUAUCUUGAUGGCAUUCCUGUAUAUGCGAACGCUGACACAGGCGCUGAGAUGAACCUUGCGUCGCCAAAAUGGGCAUCCAAGAAUAGAAUGGUCCUCAGAAAACCGGAACCGGGGUACGAGCGGGUGAUGCUGGCUGAUGGAAGUAUCGCUCACAUUUCUGGACAAUUUACGGCAAGGUUUCAUGUUUUUCAGAAAGGGUCCAAAGGUUCUACGCCUAAAGUUUACACGAAGCAGUUCUUCAUCCUUGAAGGCCUGACAUCAGAUGUCCUUCUGUGUCAGGAUUUAUUGUUGGAAAUCCGAGCUUUCAAAGAGCAGCAAAAAGCGUUUAUCGAGCUUAAUAACGCCGACACUUUCUCCGAUCUGAAUCUUGUCAGCUGGCUUUCAAAACGCGAGAGGAGAUUUCUUGCCUUUUUCAAGAGGGAUUCUCCAAGUAAAAGUCCACCAAAACCGCCUGUCGUUUCAUUCCAACAGCAGUUGGACGUGGACGCCGCUCGUGAGCAACACAGACACACCGAAGCACUGCGUGGGAUAUCAACCCUUGCAGAACCCGAAAGACAAAAUCGCCUGAAGCAAGAGACACAACGGUACGAAGCCUUUCUUUAUGACCAUUCUGCGCGCAUGAAGGCAUAUCACGCCAUGAAAGUAGCGAUACCAGGUAAUUCGCUAUCCUCGAGGACGAGCUCCCCUUCGCACGCGCCUUCGGCGAAUGCCUCGAGCAUGAAUUCUACUAACGACGGUGCAAUUUGA